UCCUUAUACGGAGCCUGGUCUUCUUUCUCCGGUUACUUGUAGGUUAAAUUAGUUAGUUGCGCUUUUUCCACGUAGAGUUUCCACCAGAUCCACCGGGACACCGACCUGCGGAGCUCGGCAUGGGCACCGUCCACGCCCGGAGCCUGGACCCUCUGCCCAUGCGAGGGCCAGAGCUCGGAGUUCAACCUGACGACAUCGAGGCUCCGGACAUCGAGCAGGAGCCCAAACAAGAGAUCCUGGAGAACAAGGAUGUCGUAGUUCAGCGGGUCCACGUCGACGGGCUCGGGAGAACCAAGGAGGACCUGCUGACCUAUGAGAUCGCAGAGGUUUUCCGGGCCAAGAACUUGAUAGAUGUGAUGAGAAAGUCUCAUGAAGCUCGACAGAAGCUGCUGCGGCUCGGCAUCUUCAGGAAGGUGGAAGUCGUUAUCGACACGUCACGAGGUGAGGACGCUCUUCCUAACGGUCUCGACGUGACGUUUGAAGUCACCGAGCUGAGACGGAUGACGGGCAGCUACAACACCAUGGUGGGAAACAACGAAGGGAGCAUGGUGCUGGGUCUGAAGUUACCUAAUCUACUGGGUCGAGCAGAGAAAAUGACCUUCCAGUUCUCCUACGGCACCAAAGAGACGUCCUACGGCCUCUCCUUCUUCAAACCACAACCAGGGAACUUCGAACGCAAUAUCUCCCUCAACUUGUACAAAGUGACGGGCCAGUUCCCCUGGAGCUCCCUGAGGGAGACGGACCGAGGCGUCUCCGGAGAAAUCAGCUUCCCAGUGUGGAAGACGAGCCAGACCCUGAAGUGGGAGGGCGUGUGGAGGGAGCUGGGCUGUCUGGCUCGCACCGCCUCCUUCGCCGUCCGGGAGGAGAGCGGACACUCCCUCAAGUCCUCGCUCUCGCAUUCAAUGGUCAUCGACACCAGGAACUCCUCCAUCCUGCCCAGGAGAGGAGGCCUGCUGAAGAUCCAUCAGGAACUGGCUGGUUACACUGGAGGAGACGCCAGUUUCCUGAAGGAGGACUUUGAGAUCCAGCUCAACAAAACUCUCUUCUGGGACUCAGUCCUGUCUGCCUCGUUGUGGGGCGGUCUGCUUCUUCCCAUCGGAGACAAGCCGACAAGUAUAGCAGACAGGUUCUACCUGGGGGGCCCCACCAGUAUCCGGGGCUUCAGUAUGUACAGCAUGGGCCCUCAGAGUGAAGAUGUGACAGGAGACUACCUGGGGGGAGAGGGCUACUGGGCCGGGGGCCUCCACCUCUACACCCCCUUGCCCUUCAGACCGGGCCGGGGGGGCUUCGGGGACCUCUUCAGGACACACUUCUUCCUCAACGCCGGAAACCUUUGUAACCUCAACUAUGGUGAGGGGCCAAAAGCCCAUCUGAAGAAGCUGGCAGAAUGUAUCCGCUGGUCGUACGGACUGGGCAUCGUGCUGCGUUUAGGGAACAUCGCCAGACUGGAGCUGAAUUACUGCAUUCCCAUGGGAGUCCAGAGUGGAGACAGGAUAUGUGACGGCGUCCAGUUCGGAGCAGGGAUCCGGUUCCUGUGAGAACACACGUCUGGCAUCUGGAACGUUCUCAUGUUUCAACAUUCAUUUUAUGCAGGAAACAUUUUAUUUGGGACAGAAAAUGCUUGUACAGAAUUGUUGUUGCUACUUAUUAGUUCAAAAUAAAAGCGUUUGCACUGU